AAAUUGCCGAGCCCGAUCGUUAUAAUAAGUCAUUAAUUAGCAUUAAUAAGCAAAAUAAUAUAGUCGUUAAAAAACUAUUAUCAUUUGGUGAAAAGAUCACAUUAAUGACUAAAGUGUUAUACGAAAAACAAAGAAAAGAAAAUAAUAUACUAGAAUUAAAUCCAGAUCAAUUUCAGAAAAUGCUUGAAGAUGCUAAGCCACAAUUGGUAGGAUUCUUUAAUGAGCUAUAUGACGCAUUUAUCUCCAAAAGACGAUCAUCUUAUAAUAGAAAAGAAGAUAAAAAAAAAGUAGUUAAUAUAUAUUAUUCAAUUGCGAUGAUACGUAAUAGGCUUGUAAAUGACUAUCCAUUAGAAAUCGGAUUAUAUUUAGUAGCAUCAGGUGCAUUUUGUGAUGCAAUUGAUGCAAUGCAUAAGGCAGAUAUUAUAGUUUGUUACAAAACUGUUAAAAACUAUAGGAAAAAGGUUGUUGCUGCACAUCCAGAAAACAUCUGA